CUCUUGAUAUAGAUGAAGAAAUUGGUUCAAAAGAAGAGGAUGAAGAUAGUGAAAUUGAUGAAUCUACAAUAAAAGUAUGGAACUCUAGUUACUAUUCAUGGACAAGACUCUUAGAAUUAAAAGAUGCAAUAACAUGGUUAGCAUCCGUGUUGCCCUUAAAGAAAGAAAAAGAAAAUAAAAGAGACAGUCAAAAAUUGUCUCAUUUACUAUUAAAAGAUUAUGA